AUUAUCGUUCUGUAUUUGUUUUUAGCUUUGCGUACAUAUACACGUAUAUAUCGUUUAAUAUAUUAAACAUAGUCAUUAAUUGUUAUCUGGAUAGUCUGAGUGAGCUUUGACUCUUCUUGUGCUUGCUAUCUUAACUUAAACUAGCUUGUUAGCUGCUAACAAAGAGACGCGGACGUUAUCAACACAUCGCUAAGUAGAGAUCAAUUGUGAGUGUAAAGUGUUGUGAUUGUGUGAAAAUGUGCGAAACAACGAUAGCAAAGUACGAGGAGGAACUUUGUCCAAAUAAAGAGGAGAAGGAGCGACAACAUCAACUACAGGACGCUGUUUUCAAGAAACAUCAAGUUGUGUUACACAGAACAGACGUGUGUGAAGACAAUCGUCUUCCUGAGCAAAUGAAAGGGAGUUUUAGGAUGCAGCAGGAGGAGCAACAGCCCUCUUCUUUUAAAGAGGAAGACAAGGACCCAUUGAACCCCUGCUUUAAAGAGGAAGAGGAGGAACACAGCAUCAGUCAGGAGGGACAUCAUAUUGAAGGACUGGUAGAGUUUCCAGUGAUUGGUGUCCCUGUGAAGAGUGAAGAUAAUGAGGUCAAAGGUGAAAGUGAGGAGAAGAGAGAGGCGGAGCCUCCAAGCAGCAGCUCAACACAACACAUGACAACAGAAGCUGAUGGAGACCACUGUGGAGGAUCACAAGCAGACAAGCUCUUAGCUCCACUAUCAGAUAGUGAGGACACAACGUCACACUCUCCUGACACUGAUGAUGAACACUCUAAAGAUGAUAAGACAUGUCACACUGACAACACCCACUUGAAAUGUUCUCACUGUGACAAAACCUUUAAAUACCAUUGGUAUUUGAAAAGACACGUGAGAAGACACACUGGAGAAAACCCUUUUACCUGUUCAGUUUGGGGUAAAGGUUUUGUACUUAGUCAAAAUUUGAAAGUACACAUAAGAAUGCACUCUGGAGAAAAACCUUUUAUCUGUUCAAUCUGUGGUAAAGGUUUAGUAACAAGUCAACAUUUGAAAUUUCACAUGAGAAUACACACUAGAGAAAAACCUCUCAUCUGUUCAUUCUGUGGUAAAGGGUUUGCACAAAGUCAGUGUUUGAAAAGACACACAAUGUCACACACUGGAGAAAACCCUUUUAUAUGUUUAAUCUGUGGUAAAGGUUUUGUACUAAGUCACGGUUUGAAAGUACACAUGCGAUCACACACUGGUGAAAAACCUUUUAUCUGUUCAAUCUGUGGUAAAGGUUUUGCACAAAGUCAGUGUUUGAAAAAACACAAAAGAAUCCACUCUGGAGAAAAAUCUUUUAUCUGUUCGAUCUGUAGUAAAGGUUUUGUUCAAAAAAACAAUUUGAAAGUACACAUGAGAAUGCACACUGGUGACAAACCCUUUUCCUGUUCAAUCUGUGGUAAAGAUUUUAGAGAAAAUCAGUGUUUGAAAAGACACACGAGAACACACACUGGUGAAAAAUCACAUUCCUGCUCAAUCUGCAACAGAAGCUUUUGUGAACGAUCAAACCUUGUAGCACACACGAGAACACACACAGGAGAGAAAGUGUUGAGUUGCAGUGUGUGUGGUGAAAUAUUCUCUUAUAAGUACCAGUGUAAGAAACACAAGUGUGCUGGUGAGAACAGCAGCAGCAAAUGAAACUGCAGGAUUUGAAAUAAACUGUCUAAAAUGUGACUUUCUAGCAACAUCAGCACAUUUAACAUGUGACAUUGUUUUGUUUGUGUAACACAAUCUUGUUAAUAUGCUUCUACCUGAAUACACUGCUUUUUUCAGUCAAGUACAAAAUCCAAAACCAGUUGGCACAUUGUGUAAUUCGUAAAUAAAAACAGAAUACAAUGAU